AUGAAAAUCAUUCUUUCAUCCAGCCACAGCAGCAAAACGAAAGGCCAGAAAAUCAUUCAUUCUUUGUCAUCCUUCAUCCAGCCACACAGCAAAACAGAAAGGCAGAAAAUGACUCUUUCAUCCAGCCACACAGCAAAACGAAAGGCCAGAAAAUCAUUCUUUCACCUGCCACGCAGCAAAACGAAAGAAAGCCAGAAAAAUUAUUCUCCACACAGCCUUCUUAUAAAAACGAAGGCCAGAAAAUCAUUCUUUCACCCACCCACACAGCAAAACGAAAGGCAUUCUUUCACCAAUACACAGCAAAACGAAGACGUUCUCAUCCAACCACACAGCAAAACGAAAAGAAUGAAAAUCAUUCUUUCGUCCAGCCACACAGCAAAACGAAAGGCCAGAAAAUCAUUCUUUCACCCAGCCACAGCAAAACGAAAGGCCAGAAAAUCAUUCUUUCACCCAGCCACACAGCAAAACGAAAGCCAGAAAAUCAUUCUGCCAGCUCAUCCAUCAUUUCACCCCAGCCACACAGCACGAAAGGCCAGAAAAUCAUUCUUUCACCCAGCCACAGCAAAACGAAAGCCAGAAAAUCAUUCUGUCCAGCCACAGCACCGACGAAAGGCCAGAAAAUCAUUCUUUCAUCCACCUCACAGCAAAACGAAAAGGCCAAAAUCAUUCUUUCAUCAGCCACACAGCAAAACGAAAGGCCAGAAAAUCAUUCUUUCACCCAGCCACACAUCAAAACGAAGGCCAAAAAUCGUUCUUUCACCCAGCCACACAGCAAAACGAAAGGCCAGAAAAUCAUUCUUUCAUCCAGCCACACAGCAAAACGAAAGGCCAGAAAAUCAUUCUUUCAUCCAGCCACAGCAAAACGAAAGGCCAGAAAAUCAUUCUUUCAUCCAACCACACAGAAAAACGAAGGCCAAUCAUUCUUUCAUCAGCCACACAGUAAAACGAAAGGCCAGAAAAUCAUUCUUUCAUCCAGCCACACAGCAAAACGAAAGGCCAGAAAAUCAUUCUUUCAUCCAGCCACCACGCAAAACGAAAAGGAAAAUCAUUCUUUCAUCCAGCCACCACAGCAAAACGAAAGGCCAGAAAAUCAUUCUCACCCAGCCACAAGCAAAACUAAAGGCCAAAAAAUCAUUCUUUCCCCAGCCACACAGCAAAACGAAAGGCCAUUCUCCACAUAGCAAAACGAAAGGCCAGAAAAUCAUUCUCAUCCAGCCACAGCAAAACGAAGGCGAAAAAAUUCUUUUAAAUACCCCAGCCACACAGCAAAACGAAAGGCCAGAAAAUCAUUCUUUCAUCCAGCCACAGCAAAACGAAAGGCCAGAAAAUCAUUAUUUGCAUUUCUUUCAUCCAGCCACAGCAAAAAAUCGUUCUUUCAUCAACACAGCAAACGAAAAACCAGAAAAUCAUUCUUUCAUCCAGCCACAGCAAAACGAAAAGGCUGAAAACCUUCUUUCAUCAACCACACAGCAAAACGAAAAGCCAGAAAAUCGUUCUUUCAUCCAGCCACCAAAGCAAACUAAAAUGAAAAUCAUUCUUUCAUCAGCCACACAGCAAAACGAAAAGGCCAGAAAAUCAUUCUUUCAUCCAGCCACACAGCAAAACGAAAAAACAGAAAAUCAUACUUUCACCCCAGCCACACAGCAAAACGAAAGGCCAAAAAUCGUUCUUUCAUCCAGCCACACAGCAAAACAGGCCAGAAAAUCAUUCUUUCAUCAGCCACUCAGCAAAACGAAAAGGCCAGAAAAAUCAUUCUUUCAUCCCAGCCACACAGCAAAAGCAAAGAAAGGCCAGAAAAAUCAUUCUUUCAUCCAGCCACACAGCAAAACGAAAAGGCCAGAAAAAUCGUUCUUUCACCCCCAGCCACACAAAACGCAAAACGAAAACGAAAGUCAGAAAAUCAUUCUUUCACCCACAGCCAAAACGAAAAGGCCAGAAAAUCAUUCUUUCACCCAGCCACACAGAAAACGAAAAGGCAGAAAAUCAUUCUUUCACCCAGCCACAAAACGCAAGACGAUUCUCAUCCAGCCACAGCAAAACGAAAAAUCAUUCUUUCAUCAAGCCUCACAGCAAAACGAAAGGCCGAAAAUCAUUCUUCAUCCAGCCACAGCAAACGAAAAGCGAAAAAUCAUUCUUUCAUCCAGCCACACAUCAAAACGAAGCCAGAAAAUUAUUCUUUCACCCAACCACACAGCAAAACGAAAGGCCAGAAAAUCAUUCUUUCAUCCCAUCAGCCACACAGCAAAACGAAAGGCCAAGAAAAUCAUUCUUUCAUCCAGCCACACAGCAAAACGAAAGGCCAGAAAAUCAUUCUUUCAUCCAGCCACUGGUAAAACGAAAGGCCAGAAAAUCAUUCUUUCAUCCAACCACAACCAAAACGAAAGGCCAGAAAAUCAUUCUUUCAUCCAGCCACACAGCAAAACGAAAGGCCGAAAAUCAUUCUUUCAUCCAGCCACACAGCAAAACGAAAGGCCAAAAAUCCGUUCUUUCACCCAGCCACACAGCAAAACGGUGAAAAUCAUUUCUUUCGCAACCACACAGCAAAACGGCCAGAAAAUCAUUCUUUCAUCAGCCACACAGCAAAACGAAAGGCCAAAAAUCCCCACACGGCAAAACGAAAAAAUCAUUCUUUCACUUGCCAGCAAAAUCAUUCUUUUCCCAGCCACACCAGCAAAACGAACGGCCAGAAAAUCAUUCUUUCUCCCAGCCACACAGCAAAACGAAAGGCCAGAAAAUCAUUAUUUCAUCCAGCCACACAGCAAAACGAAAGGCCAGAAAAUCAUUCUUUCUUUCACCCCAGCCACACAGCAAAACGAAAGGCCAAAAAUCAUCAUUCUUUCAUCCAGCCACACAGCAAAACGAAAAACCAGAAAAUCAUUCUUUCACCCCCACCCACAGCAAAACGAAAAGAACAGAAAAUCAUUCUUUCAUCCAGCCACACCACAAAACGAAAGCCAGAAAAACAUUCUUUUCAUCCCAACCACACAGCAAAAACCAGAAAAUCAUUCUUUCAUCAGCCACAGCAAACGAAAGGCCAGAAAAUCAUUCUUUCAUCCAGCCACACAGCAAAACGAAGGCGAAAAUCAUUCUUUUCACCCCAGCCACGCCAAAGAAAAUCAUUCUUUCAUCCAGCCACAGCAAAACAAAACAAGAAAAUCAUUCUUUCACCCCGACCACAGCCAAAGGCGAAAAUCAUUCUUUCAUCCAGCCACACAGCAAAACGAAAAGGCCAGAAAAAUCGUUCUUUCACCCAGCCACACAGCAAAACGAAAGGCCAGAAAAUCAUUCUUUCAUCCCAGCCACACAGCAAAACGAAAAGGCCAGAAAAUCAUUCUUUCAUCAGCCACACAGCAAAACGAAGGCCAGAAAAUCGUUCUUUCACCCCAGCCACAGAGCCAAAACGAAAGGCCGAAAAUCAUUCUUUCACCCAGCCACACAGCAAAACGAAAGGCCAGAAAACCAUUCUCAUUCUUCUUUCACCCCAGCCACCUUCAAAACGAAAAGCCAGAAAAUCAUUCUUUCACACCCCACCCACAAAAACGAAAGGACAGAAAAUCAUUCGUUUCACCCAGCCACACAGCAAAACGAAAGGCCAGAAAAUCAUUCUUUCAUCCCAGCCACAGCAGCAAAACAGAAAAGGCCAGAAAAUCAUUCUUUCAUCCAACCACACAGCAAAACGAAAGGCCAGAAAAUCGUUCUUUCACCCACCCACACAGCAAACGAAAAGGCCAGAAAAUCAUUCUUUCAUCCAGCCACACAGCAAAACGAAAGGCCACAGCAAAAAUUAUUCUUUUCAUCCAACCACACAGCAAACGAAAGAAAUGCUUUCCCCAGAAAAAACGAAAGGCCAGAAAAUCAUUUCUUUCAUCGAAAGGCCAGCCAAUCAUUCAUCCAAGCAAAACGAGCCAGAAAAUCAUUCAUUCAUCAGCCACACAGCAAACGAAAGGCCAGAAAUUAUUCUUUCUCACUGGCAGCAAAACGAAGGCCAGAAAAUCAUUCUUUCAUCCCCCACACACAGCAAAACGAAAGGCCAGAAAUCAUUCUUUCAUCCAGCCACACAGUAAAACGAAAGGCCAAAAAUCAUUCUUUCGUCAGCCACAGCAAAACGAAAGGCAGAAAAUCAUUCUUUCACCCCAGCCACACAGCAAAACGAAAGGCCAGAAAAAUCACCCCAGCCACAUGAAACGAAGGCCAGAAAAUUCUUUCAUCCAGCCACAGCAAAACGAAAGGCCAGAAAAUCGUUCUUCACCCAGCCACACAGCAAAACGAAAGAAAAGAAAAUCGUUCUUUCACCCCAGCCACAGCCAAGAGCAAAAGGCCAGAAAAUCAUUCUUUCAUCAGCCACAGCAAAACGAAGGCCGAAAAUCGUUCUUCGCAGCCACUGACCACAAACAAAAGGCAGAAAAUCAUUCUUUCACCCACCACACAAAACGAAAGGCCAGAAAAUCAUUCUUUCACCCAGCCACACAGCAUGACGAAGGCCAGAAAAUCAUUCUCAUCCAGCCACACAGCAAACGAAAGGCCGAAAAUCAUUCUUUCACCAACCACACAGCAAAACGAAAGGCCAAAAUCAUUCUUUCACCCAGGCUUUGCACAAAACGAAAGGCUAGAAAAUCAUUCUUUCAUCCAGCCACACAGCAAACGAAAGGCCAGAAAAUCAUUCUGUUCCAGCCACACAGCAAACGAAAGGCCAGAAAAUCAUUCUUUCCCAGCCACACAGCAAAACGAAAGGCCAGAAAAAUCGUUCUUUCCCAACCACGCAAAACGAAAGGCCAGAAAAUCAUUCUUUCACCCCAGCCACACACAGCAAAACGAAAGGCCAGAAAACCAUUCUUUCACCCCAGGCACACAAAACGAAAGCCAGAAAAAUCAUUCUUUCACCCAACCACAGCAAAACGAAGGCCAGAAAAUCGUUCUUUCAUCAGCCACACAGCAAACGAAACGAAGGCCAGAAAAUCAUUCUUUCGCAGCCACACAGCAAAACGAAGGCACGAAAUCAUUCUUUCACCCAGCCACACAGUAAAACGAACAGCCAGAAAAUCAUUCUUUCACCCAACCACACAGCAAAACGAAAGCCUGAAAAUCAUUCUUUCAUCCAGCCACAGCAAAACGAAAGGCCAGAAAAUCAUUCUUUCACCCAGCCACACAAAACGAAAGGCCGAAAAUCAUUCUUGCCCAGCCACAGCAAAACGAAAAUGA